GAAUGUCUCUCAGUGUCUUGUGGCUAUGCAGGUGUGAAGUCCGCAGAGGCUUGGGGAUCUUCACAGUGAAUUCUGCGACCCGGUUUUAUCACACGAUAUAUUUUUUUGGGUGAACCAGCGUUUUCUUCUUCCUCAUUUCUCAGACAGAACACAUACUGUUAUCUAUCUCUGGGGGACUGAGGCACACAGUUUUACUUUAUACUUGGCGGAAGCUUGAUUUCUGAGUUAUUGUGGGCAAGAUGGAAAAUGACACGACAUCAGACUAUCAAUAUGACGAUAUACAGUAUGUGAUGCCCUGCGAAAUGACCAAUAGUGACAUGGUUGAGAGAUCGCUGCGGUUCUACAUCCACUCUGUCAUCUGUAUCCUGGGCUUCAUUGGCAACAUCCUGGUGAUCAUCACUUACGCCUUCUACAAGAAGACCAAGUCCAUGACAGACGUCUACCUACUGAACAUGGCCAUAGCCGACAUGAUUUUUGUUGUGGCUCUGCCCUUGAUCAUCUACAACGAGUAUAAUCACUGGGAUAUGGGCGCAGUGGCCUGUAAGAUCCUCCGAGGAGCGUACAGCGUCAACCUGUACAGCGGCAUGCUACUUUUAGCCUGUAUUAGCACUGACCGCUACAUUGCUAUCGUCCUGGCGCGUCGCUCCUUCAGGCUCCGCUCCAGGAUUCUGCUCUACGGACGAAUAGUCUGCGCCACAGUCUGGAGCCUGGCUCUGUUCUUGUCCAUCCCCACAGUCAUCUACUACGACCGGUAUGUGCCUUCAAAUGACUUCGUCGGUCUCCCUGACUACGAAAACAAUUCGUUGAUUCCAGACGAAUCCAGUGAGACCGAUGUGGUCUGUGAUUUCAAGUUCUCGGACAGCGCCACAGCCCAUAAGAUGAAGACCCUGGUACCAAGCACCCAGCUGGCGGUCGGCUUCUUCCUGCCCCUGUUGGUCAUGGGUUUCUGCUACACGGCCGUCAUCAUCACCCUGUUGCGUGCCAACUUCCAGAAACAUAAGGCGGUGCGUGUGGUUCUGGCUGUGGUGGCCGUGUUCAUCGCAUGCCACCUUCCCUAUAAUGUCACCCUUCUCUACAACACAAUUGUCUUGUUCAAGACCAAGCUGUGCGGGGAGGUGGACACCACCCAAUUGGCCAAAACGGUGACCGAGACAGUGGCCUACCUGCAUUGCUGCCUGAACCCGCUACUGUACGGCUUUAUCGGGGUGAGGUUCAGGAACCACUUCAGGAAGAUCAUAGCAGAUUUAUGGUGCAUGGGCAAGAGAGUAUUGAACAACCGGGGCUUCUCCAGGGCCACGUCAGAAUUUUACAUUUCCAACAACCGCAGGUCUGUGGACGGGUACUCAAACGAAAAUGCAUCCUCUUUCACCAUGUGAGAAGACCCUGUGGUGGAGAGUCAUUGUCUUUACUUCAUUCACCAAUGUACAAAAAGAUCUGUUGAAGUAAUAUUAUGGAGGAAUGGUCUACAGUGCCUUCAGAAUGUUUUCAGACCCUUUUCACUUUCUC